GCCACAGCUCAACCGUUAAACCAUAACAACAUAAACCAUCCCUCUCCCCUUCAUAUAUUUUCCACAGAGAUUCCAAUCUUCACAUCAACUGCUUCCUCUGUUUCUCUCUCUGUUUCCUCUGUUUCCCACAAUCAAUUCAAAAAGAAAGGAAAAAAAAUGGGUUGUGGGAAAUCUAAACCACUUGAUGUUGCUACCGGAAACACCCUCCUCCAGAAGAGCAAAUCCAGUGUCAAUUCCAAGGAAAAUGGGGUAGAAACAGAAACCAAGGGGGCAGGCAACAACAAUGUUGAAAAUCAAAGCUUUGAAGCGGAAAAGAAGAGCGAUGGAAAUGUCAAAGAGAUUGGAGCAGAUGAAUCCAAUGUCGUUGAACGGAAAGAUUCUGAGAAAACAAACGAGGCAUUAACGGAGAAGAGCCAGGAAGCUAAUGCUAAAGAGAUUGUUGUUGCAGAGGAACCUUCUGAGAACAAGAAUGAUCAGGAAGUGACUAAUGAUGCUUCUGCUGCUGCGGAAGAGAAACAACCAGAAGAGGAAAAGAAAACAGAAAAUGAAAAAGAGGUUGUCAGCUUAGAGGAAGAGACUUUGGCAAAGGAAGAAGAAACCAAAGGCACAGAUGAGGAAAAGACUUUGGCCAAAGAAGAAGAAAUCAAAGGCGCAAAUCAGGAAGAGGAAACCAAAGGUACAAUUCAGGAAGAGACAUUGGCCAAAGAAGAAGAAAUCAAAGACAAAACUGAGGAAGAGACUUUGGCCCAGGAAAAAGAAACCUCUGAAGGCGAACAGAAAAUAUAGAAUGAGAUUAAUUAGACAUUAUCAGACAAAUGGAGUAAACACAAAUCAUAUUUGUUCUGGUUGCAUGAAAAGUACAAGGUGUGUUAGUGAUACAUAUUAAUGAUGUUUCAAAGAUGAGAUUGUAAUAGAUCAGAUUUAGUGUGUCUACCAGGAUAAGCUUUUGUUGAUUUUGUCAUGGUCCCUUUAAUAUUGUAUUUCCCAUUUUCUAGUCCUCUCACGGUAUUACAUAAGCAUGUACUGUUAUUGAACAUGAAUACAUAUUUUGAUCAAUUUUGAUUAA